GUUGCUACUGUAGCAUCCAGCAAGACUGGGCAUGAAGGGAGAGAGAGCGAAUGGGCAUUUAAUACCAGUCGUAGACUGUCAGGGUAGCGUGGCUCAUCAGUUCUGGCAGUGAGGAUUAAUGCGCGGGCAAUAAAAGGAUAUUAGAAAAUAUGAAAACUGCAAAGGGAAGGAGAGCGAGGGAGAGCGAGGGAGAGUGUUUGUGAGAGAGAAUGACAGAGCGAGAGAGAGGGGGUGGUAGUCAGACUCAAGGAAACAUUUUUCUCCCAGUCCUUGUCGAGAUUAUGCAAUCCAUCCUGCCAUCUCUGUCUUGCAUCCUUCUUUCAUUCUGUUGUUCUGUCUGCCUGAUAUUUGAACUUUGUGUUGUCAAUAUUGCAGUCCUCCCCCCCAUGCCCCCCCCCAGUCAGCACCCAGUCUCACUCCUCCUGCCUGUUGCUUCCCUCAUUCACAUUCCCUCUUUUUAAACUACCUGUUAAUGCUGAGCCUCUGCUCGUGGAUUCGUUCAUUUCUGAGGGACUUUUUCAAUUCCAGGCUGAAACUGAGGAGAGGGAUGGAGAGAGGGACGAGAGGGAGGAAGGAGACAGCCAGAUACCAGAGGGGCUGAUGGAGGGCCACGAGGAGCAGGACAGAGCGUCCAAGUCGCCCACUGUGAAGAAGCUGACAGUGUCCAUCCAGGAGCACAUGGCCAUUGAUGUGUGCCCCGGACCCAUCCGGCCAAUCAGGCAGAUCUCCGCCUACUUCCCUCGUCUUUCCCCUCCCUCACCUGGGGGCGGGGCCUCUGCAGCAGUGGCCAGCAGCCUCCUGUCUCCUUUGAUGGCAGGAGCCUCGGGAGGAGGCGGGGCUCCACUGGCAGCGGAUACGUCCAUAGAAACGGACAGCUGUGACAGCGAUGACGGCACAUCACUGGGGGCGCUUGAGUUCAGCUUGCUGUACAGGAGACACACCAGCUCCCUGCACUGCACCAUCCUCAGAGCCAAGGGUCUUAAGCCGAUGGACUUCGAUGGCCUGGCUGACCCCUACGUGAAGCUGCACCUGCUGCCCGGGGCCUGCAAGGCCAACAAGCUGAAGACCAGGACGGUACACAACUGCCUGAACCCAGCCUGGAACGAGACGCUCACCUACUGGGGCAUCACUGAGGAGGACAUGCACAGGAAGACCCUCAGGAUAUCGGUGUGUGAUGAGGACAGACUGGCUCCUAAUGAGCUGAUCGGGGAGGUGCGAGUGGCCCUGCGGCGGGUACAGCCAGACCAGCUCAAACGCUACAGCGUCUGCCUGGAACACCCCCCUCCUCUCCCUUCUCCCACCACCAUGAGUGCAGCUCUGCGGGGGAUCUCCUGCUACCUCCGAGAGUGGGAGACUGAGCAGCAGAGGAGCCAGGAAGAAAGGGGCCGUUUGCUGCUCUCCCUGCAGUUCCUGCCCCCAUCUAGGGAGGGUGACAGUGAGCCCUCUGUCACAGUGGAGGGACGGCGUUCAGGGCUGUGCGUGGGAAUCGUGCGGUGUGCCCACUUGGCUGCUAUGGACGUCAACGGGUUUUCCGACCCCUACGUGAAGAUAUACCUAAAACCUGACCUCCACAAGGCAUCCAAACACAAAACGGGCAUCAUGAAGAAGACCCUCAACCCAGAGUUCAAUGAGGAGUUCUUCUAUGAGAUCUCUCUCUCGGAGCUGUCAGGAAAGACGUUGGAAGUCACCGUUUGGGAUUAUGACCUGGGAAAAUCCAAUGACUUCAUAGGUGGAGUGUCUCUGAGCUGUCAGUCACAGGGAGAACCUCUCCGUCAUUGGCUGGACUGCUUGAAAAACAAAGGCAAUAGGGUGGAGCGAUGGCAUACGCUGACCAAUAAGCUCCCGGGAUCCACCUGCUAGGACUGAAUGGCCCAGCCCACUAGGUCUAUAGACAACGGGCAAAUGUUAUAUUUCAGUUUCAGUGGAUGCAAAACAAAUCUAUUCCGUUUGAGCAGGCUUGCAAGUGAUAACAUUUUACAAAUCAUAGCACAUCGCGUGACAUUUUCAACACCUAAGUAUGGAUUACUAAAAUAGAUAGCAUGAGUAGAGAUGCAUAUUAAAUAGUCAGAUUUUGUACAAGGCUUGCGUUGCUGACAUUAUUUCUGAUUAAUAAUUAUUAGGUUAUUACCCAUUUGCUAUUAAUUAAGUUUGGCUGAAGUUACUCUGAAUAAAAAGUGCCUCUUUUACAAAUGAAAAUGAAAAAAAAGUUUAACAUUAACUUCAAGUUAAUCUCUGACGUACCUAAAACCAGGUAUUGCAUAUAUAUCAUUAACAAUUAUCUACAUGCCUGCCGCUUUCGCUAGCAUGCAAAUGACAAAAUGGAAACGGAAUUACUGACACUUUCCUGGAACCUCCAGGCUAAACAGUAAAAACACGUAUCCUUUUAUCCACAGCAAUGAAGGUUGGAUAUUUUAUCAUUUAGGCCUAUAUUUACUGUCUUUUUCACUCUGCCGGCUUUAAAUGUGAAACUUUCGCAGUUGGGGGUGUUAACGCUGCUGGCUGGACUGACGGCUUUGAAUGACCGGCCGCACCUUCAUCUCAUUGUUCCCUGAGAAAUAAUGACCGUUUGGCUCGUGGGUGGCAAUAAAAGCAGUAAAAUUACGCUGAAUAUUGUCAAGAAUCCAUCAUCCACGUAUUACAACAAGCAGCAUUUCCACAUGGACGUUUGUGUAUAUGAUAAUUAAAGUUAACUUUGCUUGACGACAGACACAGAGUCGUGCCCCAUGCUCCUCACCUGAUGGUCAGUCUGCCUUCAGCAUGCAUGUCUUAAAUCCUGGCCCAUAGGCAUAUAUUAAUUAUCGCUUUACUGCAGUGCUCACAUUCAAUAUAUCAUUGGGUUAUUGGAAGGGACGCUUCUCUUCGGUUUCUUAAAAUCGGACGGCAGUCAUCCAACGUCGGAAAUAACAUUCAUUAAGGAGAUGUGUAAUCCCCGCAGGGGUCACAGACACUUGUUGAGAUCGCGUUUACAAAUGUGGUUGGUUUAGAAAUGCUCAUUUUCAUCUGACUUUCUCUAUUUUCUUCCGAAUGGUGAAGCUUAUAUUUCAAUCAGUUGUUUACAUAUCAAGUACGUUCGGAAUGCAGUGAUUUAUGGAACAUGUCAAAUAAAACUGGAUUGUGGUAAAGAU